AGCGCCCCCUCCCCCGCCGCCACCCCCCCACCCCGGCCCGCCGCGCGCUGCCCGCCGCCGCCGCCCGCUGCGCGUCGCCAACGCCCCGGGACUGGACCCUCGCGCCGCCCGCCCGCGACUGUGGCACCUUGGAAUUGAUGGGAACUGCAGGGGUACGCCGGGCCAGCCUCCCUCCCAGCUAGUGACGGACGCACUCACAGCUCCUGGACAUUGCCCGCCCUUCAUCCUCUGCCCAGGGAUGAGCCUCCUCCUGAGAGUCUUCUCCAUUGUCUCUUAAAGGAACCAGUUGCCACUGCUGCCACCUCCUUUUCUGUCAACCUCAGUAACUUCAACCUUAUUUCUACUUUAUGGAUCUGUCCCAGAUGUAAAGGUCCCUCCUGGGUACUACUGUGGCCAGAUCAAUACCCAGUGACUUGGGGACCCUACUUCACUCCAGCACCGGCCCUUGCCUGCCCCUCCCUACAGCUUCCCAAGGCCAAGGUGCCAGGUGUUUGGCCUGUGAACGCCAGGUCCCCCCUUCUCUGCCUGUUUCUUCUGGCCUUCAGGAAGCACACCCAGCUCCACAAUGGCAGCAGAGACUCUCAACUUUGGGCCUGAGUGGCUCAGGGCCCUUUCCAGCGGUGGCAGUGUGGCCUCUCCACCCCCCUCUCCUGCCAUGCCCAAAUACAAGCUGGCUGACUAUCGCUACGGGCGAGAGGAGAUGCUGGCCCUCUAUGUCAAGGAGAGCAAGGUCCCUGAAGAGCUCCAGGACAAGGAGUUUGCUGCAGUGCUACAGGAAGAGCCGCUGCAGCCCCUGGCUCUGGAGCCCCUGACUGAGGAGGAGCAGAGAAACUUCUCCCUGUCAGUGAACAGUGUGGCUGUGCUGAGGCUGAUGGGGAAAGGAGCUGGCCCCCCGCUGGCUGGCACCUCCCGUGGCAGGGGCAGUACGCGGAGCCGAGGCCGUGGCCGUGGCGACAGUUGCUUUUACCAAAGAAGCAUCGAAGAGGGUGAUGGGGCCUUUGGACGGAACCCCCGGGAGAUCCAGCGUAGCCAGAGCUGGGAUGAUAGAGGCGAAAGGCGAUUUGACAAGUCGGCAAGAAGGGAUGGAGCACGAUCUGGGUUUGAGGAGGGAGGGGCUGGCCCAAGGAAGGAGCAUGCCCGUUCAGACAGCGAGAACUGGCGUUCUCUGCGAGAGGAACAAGAGGAAGAAGAAGAGGGCAGCUGGAGACUUGGGGCAGGACCCCGGCGAGACAGCGACCGCUGGCGCUCAGCCAGCCCUGAUGGUGGCCCCCGCUCUGCUGGCUGGCGGGAACAUGGGGACCGGCGUCGCAAAUUUGAAUUUGAUUUGCGUGGGGAUCGAGGAGGGUGCACUGAAGAGGAGGGGAGGGGUGGGGGAAGCAGCUCUCACCUCCGGAGGUGCCGAGGGCCUGAUGGCUUUGAUGAAGACAAGGAUGGGCUCCCGGAGUGGUGCCUGGAUGAUGAGGAUGAAGAAAUGGGCACCUUUGAUGCUUCUGGGGCCUUCUUGCCUCUCAAGAAGGGCCCCAAGGAGCCCAUUCCUGAGGAACAGGAGCUCGACUUCCAGGGUCUAGAGGAGGAAGAGGAAGAGCCUUCCAAAGGGCUGGAAGAGGAGAGUCCUGAGGCAGGUGGGAAGGAGCUGACCCCGCUGCCUCCUCAGGAGGAGAAGUCCAGCUCCCCAUCCCCACUGCCUGCCUUGGGCCCACUCUGGGGGACAAAUGGGGAUGGUGAUGAAACUGUAGAGAAAGAGCUCCCAGCAGCUGAAGGAGAUGAUAGGAGGGGAAUCCAGCUGAGUCCUGGGGUAGACUCCCCCCCAGGCCCUCCUGGAGAUCUGGAAGAUGAUGAAGGCUUGAAGCACCUGCAGCAGGAGGCGGAGAAGCUGGUGGCCUCCUUGCAGGACAGCUCUCUGGAGGAGGAGCAGUUCACAGCCACCAUGCAGACCCAGGGCCUGCGCCACUCUGCUGCUGCCACUGCCCUCCCUCUCAGCCAUGGCGCUGCCCGGAAGUGGUUCUACAAGGACCCACAGGGGGAGAUCCAAGGCCCCUUCACAACACAGGAGAUGGCGGAGUGGUUCCAGGCUGGCUAUUUCUCCAUGUCACUGCUUGUGAAGCGGGGUUGUGAUGAGGGCUUCCAGCCUCUGGGUGAGGUUAUCAAGAUGUGGGGCCGUGUGCCCUUUGCCCCAGGGCCCUCACCACCUCCACUGCUGGGAAACAUGGAUCAGGAGCGGUUGAAGAAGCAACAGGAGCUGGCAGCAGCAGCCUUGUACCAACAGUUGCAGCACCAGCAAUUUCUCCAGCUGGUCAGCAGCCGACAGCUCCCACAGUGUGCGCUGCGGGAAAAGGCAGCUAUGGGGGACCUGACACCGCCGACACAGCAGCAGCUCACAGCGUUCUUGCAGCAGCUCCAGGCUCUCAAACCCCCCAGAGGUGGGGACCAGAACCUGCUCCCGACAAUGAGCCGGUCCUUGUCGGUGCCGGAUUCGGGACCCCUCUGGGAUGUACAUACCUCAGCCUCAUCGCAGUCAGGUGGUGAGGCCAGUCUUUGGGACAUACCAAUUAACUCUUCGACUCAGGGUCCAAUUCUAGAACAACUCCAGCUGCAGCAUAAAUUCCAAGAGCGCAGAGAAGUGGAGCUCAGGGCCAAACGGGAGGAGGAGGAGCGGAAGCGCCGGGAGGAGAAGCGCCGCCAGCAGCAGCAGGAGGAGCAGAAGCGGCGGCAGGAAGAGGAAGAGUUGUUUCGGCGCAAGCAGGUGCGGCAGCAGGAGUUGCUGCUGAAGCUGCUGCAGCAGCAGCAGGCAGCUGCGGUCUCCGUGCCCCCUGCGCCCAGUUCCCCACCCCCGCUCUGGGCUGGGCUGGCCAAGCAAGGCCUCUCCAUGAAGACGCUGCUUGAGCUGCAGUUGGAGGGUGAGCGGCAGCUGCACAAGCAGCCCCCGCCUCGGGAGCCAACGCGGGCCCAGGUCCCCAACCACCGUGUGCAGCUUGGGGGCCUGGGGACUGGCCCCCUGAACCAGUGGGUAUCUGAGGCAGGGCCGCUAUGGGGCGGGCCCGACAAGAGUGGGGGCAGCAGCAGCAACCUGGGGCUCUGGGAGGACACCCCCAAGAGCAGUGGGAGCCUGGUGCGUGGCCUUGGCCUGAAGAACAGCCGGAGCAGCCCGUCUCUCAGCGAUUCUUACAGCCACCUAGCAGGUCGACCUGUUCGCAAAAAGACAGAAGAAGAGGAGAAGCUGCUGAAGCUGCUACAGGGCAUCCCCAGGCCCCAGGAUGGCUUCACCCAGUGGUGUGAGCAGAUGCUACACACGCUGAGCACCACGGGCAGCCUAGAUGUGCCCAUGGCUGUAGCGAUCCUCAAGGAGGUAGAAUCCCCCUAUGAAGUCCAUGAUUAUAUCCGUUCCUGCCUGGGGGACACGCUAGAAGCCAAAGAAUUUGCCAAACAAUUCCUAGAGCGGAGGGCCAAGCAGAAAGCCAGCCAGCAACGGCAGCAGCAGCAGGAGGCAUGGCUGAGCAGCGCCUCCCUGCAGACGGCCUUCCAGGCCAACCACAGCACCAAACUGGGCCCUGGGGAGGGCAGCAAGGCCAAGAGGCGGGCACUGAUGCUGCAUUCAGACCCCAGCAUCCUGGGGUACUCCCUACAUGGAUCUUCUGGUGAGAUCGAGAGCGUGGAUGACUACUGACCAGCCCGUCCCCACAGCUCCAGGGCUGUAGACCAGGGGCGGCAGCAGCAGCAUGGACCCUCAGGUCCCCAGUCUGCAGGCUCCCCACAAGGAGCCAAGGAGGAGGCAGGGGCAACGGCCCCAGCACUUGUUACAAACCACACGAUGCACCUUAACUCACCCACCACGAGGCACUUUACAGAUUGGGGGGAAGGGGUUGUUUUUCUUUUUUUAAUUUUAAAUGACUUUGAAGAAAACAUUAGGAGAGACAAAACUGUUAAACUAGACUCUAAACAUCCUCUACCCCUCUGGGGAUGGGGGUGUGUGACAAUAGAAGGUCCACAAGAGGGAUUUUUUUUGUGGGGGGCGGGAUUUUUUGUUUGUUUGUUUGCUUUUUUAAGAAAAGUGAAAAAUAAUGAAAAAAAUGGUUAGGAGGCUGAAAGAAAAACACACUGUUAUUUUGGGGCAGUGGGGACACAGGCCCCAUGGACCUGUCCUGCCUGGGCCUGUGGCUGCACUUACCUCCUGCCCCCAGAAGGUGGGCCAUGGGGUAACUGGAAGCUGGGGUGCCAGCAGUUUGCACAGCGAGACACCCCCCCACAGAGCCCCACCUGCCACCCCGGCUGUGACCAGCUUCUCCAGCUCCUCCAUGUUGCUGUGACUGUGGCAGAGGUGUCGGGUAGGGGCCAAAGUAGCCUUUUGGCUUUGCUGCUUUGGGGGAAAGUUGCACAAAUUGGACAAGCCGCCUCAGCCCCCCAGGCUCCCAUCCUGUCCUGGCUGACGGGGUAGAAAGGCCAGGUCAGCGCCAACCUCAUCUGGCUGGUGGGGCAGGGCAGCUGGACUCAGACUUUGGCCCUGUUGAGGGGCUUCCCCCACCGCUGCCAUUUGGGGGGAUGUCCUGGAGUGAACCUGAAAGCCCCAGCUCUUCGCCUUGCCACUUGAAUGUAUUCUUUGGGCCACAAGCCCCCACUUUGCCUCUGCUUUUAAUUCCUCCAGGAACUGCAGAGGGAGGAGGCGCCACUUACCAGGACUAAGUUGUUUCUCCUGUGAAGGGGUCACAAAGGGCCUGGAAGGGCAAGGAGUGAGCACUUUGGGACUUAGGGUUGUAACGUGGGGGGCCACUACCAGAGUGCCCGCAGCCUUCAGCCUGUUUUGUGGGGUGUGGACCACCCAGCUCUGCGCCUGACUCUGCCACUGACCAAGUGGGAGAGGAGCAAGUGGCCUUCCCCGUUGGUGCGUCUGGGUGCUGGGUGACAUUGGGGUCAGGAAUGAAAGUGUGUCUCUCCUGGGUCAGGGUAGGCUGCCCUUUUUUUUGCUCACUGACUUCUUAGUCCUAAUUCCCACCUAGGUUCGUCUUCAUCUGUUUGUUUUUUAGUUUUUAUCUUUUGAGUUUUUGAUCUGACGCCUCCCGCCGACCUCAUUACGCAGAGUGCAGUAUUAGGGCGAGACUCCCACUGCCUCCCCUCCAUGAAUGUAUUUAUCCUUCUUGCCCUUGGGAAUUGGGGAGAGGCUAUCUCUUUCCCCAUCCAUACCCAAAAGAGGUGGAUCUUUUUUGUUUUUUUUUUUUUUUUUUGCACCAAAGUGGCAACUGGGUCAGUGUUGGGGGAUCAAGCUGGCCUCUGGGUGGAAGGGCCCCUCCACCUGCUUCUCCCUGGUCUCGACAGUGUUAGUGUCCAUGAAAAGACAAUAUUCUCUCUAAAGCAAUAAGGGGGUGAUGGGCCUGGGAGUGUCUUGCUGCUGCUGGCCCCCAACUCCCCCUUCCCUCUUGCCGGUGUUGGCACAUCUGAGGUGUAGGGGAGACUCCUGUUGUGACUGAAUGUAACUGCCCCCACCCCUGUGCUGCCAAUGCAGGGGAGAGGGAGACACUCUUCCUGCCCCUUCCCCCAGCUAAAGAGACUUCGAACUUAGGGGGCCCAUGAGCCUGGAGAGGCCUUAACCCUGUGAGGAAGUAUAGGGGGAGCCCUCUCCUAUCCCCAUCCCCUUCUGAGAGUGGUCAAUGUUUACAAGUCCCUGAGCCCCCCAGCUCAGAGACUCAGACCUGUUGCUGUCCUUCCCAAGCCUGUCUUCCUGAGCCCUAGCUGCCCCCUACCCUUUCUAGGGUUAGGGUUGGUGUAGGGGUCAUUCUGUUCUUGUCUGCCUUGUACCCAGUCUCCCUCACCCUGUGACUUUCCUUUCUUUUACCUGUCCCUGUAAAUACUUCCCUUCUCCCAAUAAAACUUGGUGUGUGUUCUCCC